GCUUCCAGUGGUUUCUCUUCUGCCAAAUGAGUUGAGCUCUCAAUACUGACAUAGCUAGAGAGAGAAAGAGAGUAAAAUGGCGAUGCCUUUGGAAAUGGCCAUGCUUCUGACGAAAACGGUGUGGUUUGCUCUGAGCGGCUGGAUCUUAACAUGUUUGUCCAUCGCAGACGAGAUCGCCGGUUCUCUCAGAAACAGAGAGAUUGGUCAUUCACAUUUUGGAUGAUCAGUUGUUUAUACAUUUUUCACCUCCUCCUUCUUCCUUUCCUUACGGAUUUUCAACUUUUUUUUGGUUUUCUCCGGUGAGAAUGGUCCCAAAUUAUUGAAGGGUUUGGGUUUAUAGAGGAUUAUAUUUUAUUUGUAUAGGUCGUUUGUUUGCUCGUUGAUAUAUAUAUAUAUAUAUAUAUACUACACGUCUCAGUUUAUGUGUUUUUGAUGCCUUGAGAGAACGCUUGUGUGUUGUUAUGAGGUUAUUGUUUCCAACUUUCAUUUCAUUAGUGUGAUCAAAUAAUGAUAUGUGAAUUUCGACUUUAUUCAUCCAUUUGAAAAAUCAUCAUUCAAGUAGCUCAUCAAAGACUAAAUUGAUCAUCAUCUAUGGUGAUGAUGUUCAUAGAUAGAUAGCUUAUAGUGUGGAUAACUGUUCCAAGUUGGCUUAUGUAGAAAUCACUUUUUUUUUUUUUUUUGGGGUAAAAGCAAAGAAGUUACAUCUUGAAAUAUUCUGAACUAAUUUUAACGCCUUGGGCGUCUUUCUUUACGGAUAAGUUACCAAGAUUUCCUUCUUUUUAUACGUGAAA